AAAUUUUCACCAGUGCGGACAGUAGAACAGGCUCGAAUCAGGCGUUUUUUUUUAUUUAUAGGAAAACCGAAAUUUUAAAAAACCAAUCGUCUGUUGGAAUCUUCGCAAAGUAUACUAUAUUUUGAGUUGCCUUAAAGCUUGGCCAGAAAAAUAAUCCUUCUUCGGAAUACGUUUCGGUGUCCUGCAUACAUAACCUGAAAAGAAACAACGCCUGAACCUGAAACGAUUUAUUGCAACUGAAUUCGUAAAUCCUGCGCCUACAACAACCCACAGCACAGCCAGCGACCACAAAUACAUAGUAUGAAUGUCGCCUAAAUAUCAUCAUUUCGAGAUUGCACUGGUCUACUUUCUGCUGCUGAUACCAUGGCCGCCCACGAAUGUCAUCAAGAUUCUCUGCUCGCGUGAUAACAGCCGGCUGGUGCGCAAGAUAGUGCGCUCCAAAUGGACGCCUAUAUUGGAUAAGCAUCAGGUGAAGCUGCCUCUGGAGUGCCCGCUGCAUCCGUUCCGGGAUGUCUUUGCCCCGCGCCAAGAUGCCAAGCAACGGGAUCGUCCCACCCAGUGGACGUGUCGUCGCUGUGGAAAGAGUUUCUACCAGGAGCGGCAUCUGGAUCUGCACUUUGACACACGCCACAAGACGAUCAUCAAUGAGGCAAUGGACUCCAUUUGUCUGGCCGACUUCUGUGACAUCAUGCGCUGCGAGGUGUUCGAGACGGAGGAUGCCACGAGCCUUAAGUUCGGGGAUCACAUUGUCACGGACAUUGAAGUCUGGGGCGAUUCCCUGGGCCAAAAUUCCGCGCUGGCCAAAGCGAAUGCCGCAUACUUGAGCUUAAUACCAAGAACUUCCACAUUGGGUGCCUCGCGUGCCGCCAAAGUACAAAACCGUCAAUUACUCCAAGAGAAGCCAAUCCAGUCGUCGAGCAGCAGCAGCAGCAGCAAGGAGCAGCAGUCGCCGGCAGGUGAGCACUCGACCCCAUCCUAUCCACACCCCCGUACCCAUACCCAUACCCGUCGCCACUCCUCAGUCAACCCUCUUCGCUUAGAUCCAGCAGGAGAGGAUGGCUCGGCGGCCAGGCCAAAGUCCGCUGGGGAGAAGCUGCUGAAGAAGCUCAAGGAGCUGGGAUUGAAGCGCGGCGGCGACUCCGCGGAGGGUGACUCCGAGACGAAGCUGAACGAAACGGAGGAGGAGGAGGAGCAGAGCGGGGACGAUGCGGAGGCGAGUGGCCAGCAGGAUCCGGCCAAAAUGGAGGAGGGAUCGGGCAAUGGGAAUGGUGUAAAGGCCAGGGCCAACUGCAAGCCCGAGGAGCUGAGCAAACUGAAGACUCGGUGCGAACUCCUGCUGAGGAGCUGCAUAGGAGGACUCCUGCUGUCGAUGUCCGAUCAGGCCUUCAAGGAGAUGGAAGAGGAGAUGAACAAGGCCGUUUGCUGGUACCUCACCUGCGAUCGCUAUUGGGAGGAUGGUCCCUUGGAGCCGCGCGCCUUCCCCUGGGGCCUCAUUGUCAUCCUCAUCUUCGUGCUUUCGACGGGAAUCUGCUUCUGCUACUACAUCAUCUGGAUACUCUUCGACUCCGAAGAGACGACAAUCAAUACCAAUCACUACGUGCCGGGAGGGGUCGGCGGUCACAGCAGCAGCAGCAUCUACAUGCCCGGUGCCCACCAUCACUACCAUGUCGACUAUGCGACGCGACACGACCUCGACCUGGACGGCGGCGGGAUACCUGGUCUGAGUGCGGACCAGCAGCUGGAGCUGGAGAUGGAGCAUCAGCGCGAACAGCAGCAACAGCAACAGCAGUACUACUACCAGCAGCAGCAGCAACAGCAGGCGGCAGCCGCUCGAGAUUUGUACCCCGAACCAGUGCAAUAUCAUCGGCACAGUCCGCGUCACUACAUCGCCGAUCAGCGUCAAGCGGUGGGGGGUCAGGGUCCGGGUCCGGGUCAGGGCACACCCACAGCCGGGGGCGUACGCCAAGUGGCGGUGUCGUCCUCCUCCAACGCCAAUACGCCACUGCACCAUCAUCCGCACCAGCAUCAGCAGCAUCAGCAGCAUCCGCAGCAUCAGCAACAUCCGCAGCAUCAACAGCAUCCGCAUCUGCAGCAUCGCCACUCGACGAGCCUGGGCUACCCACAGGACAUUUUAGACCGACGCGACUAUACAAGUAGCUCUGGCCGAUCCAUAGCCACCAGCGUGGUGAGCAGUGCAUCCGCCUCUGGAAUCGGAGGCGAGGGUCAGCAGCGCCACUACAAUACGCAUCCCCGACCCCUGGAGACGCGACACCGGCAUGUGGGCUCCUCGCAGCAAUCGCUGCGCGCCUCCUCCUCCAACCAAGAGAUUGUGCAGAAUGAGGCGGGAAUGGGCCAGAACGAGCACUACAUCUAUGUCACGUAUCCGCCGGAUCUGAAGAAGCGCUACUUCGACAACUACGAGUAGGGAACUCCACUCGGAAGAGCGGGCACAGAGGGGAUCAGCGAGAGAGCGAGGAUUCAUGCUGAUAUUACUAUGGAGACUGCAGUGGAGCCUUCAGCAGAGAGACAGAGAGACCAAAGAGCCCUCGAAGGAGAGCACAAAACGAAACGAAACGAAACGAAACCAAAGUUAGAGUUCAAGCGAUGGAACGAUCCUUGACUCGAGCCUACCCCCAGAGUUGGUUUUUUACUUUUAGCCUGCAAAUUCUAGAUUUGUGAACUGUGCUGUUCUUUUUUAAUUCUACAAAAUAAAUUGCAAUAUUUCUGUACAAUAGAA